GUGUGUGUGCCGGCAUGGGUGUCAUUAAACGUGGUGUGAUCCUUAUGUAGGACCUGUGGGUGUUAAGGUGAUCCUUGCGUCGGUUCUGUGGGUGUAAAAGUGACGAUCCUUGCGUCGGUUCUGUGGAUGUUAAGGUGAUCCUUGCGUCGGUUCUGUGGAUGUUAAGGUGAUGAUCCUUGCGUCGGUUCUGUGGAUGUUAAGGUGAUCCUUGCGUCGAUUCGGUGGAUGUUAAGGUGAUGCUUGCGCCGGUUCUGUGGAUGUUAAGGUGAUGAUCCUUGCUUCGAUUCGGUGGAUGUUAAGGUGAUCCUUGCGUCGAUUCUGUGGAUGUUAAGGUGAUGAUCCUUGCUUCGAUUCGGUGGAUGUUAAGGUGAUCCUUGCGUCGGUUCUGUGGAUGUUGAGGAGGCAGAUCCUAAUGUCUCGCUACCAGUCUGGCAACAUGGCGGGGGAGAUCUGGGUGCAGUGGUUCUCUUGUUGUAUCAAUCAACCAGCAGCACAACAGAGGAAACGUGUGCAGCAGCGAGUUAGGCGGAUUGACCGGUCCAUGAUCGGUUCACCAACCAACUUCCAACACACAGGUCACAUUGGUUCGGGCGAUGUGGACACGGGGAACUCACGUCUGCGGGCCAUUCAGAAUCAGAUGCAGUCAAAAGGGGGCUACGAGACAGCCUUCAGCACAGUUCAGGCAUGCUAAGCAGACUCCAGAGUAUACAGUGACUGAAAAUGUGUGGCAUGAGUGUUUGUACUUUGGAAUGUAGUGUAGACAAAUAUACUGUGGAUGCAACUGAGCUGACAGACAGGUUUUUUGUGUAUAUUUCCCUGCUAAAUGUCAGAUUUCCACGUGGUGUGAAGAGUGCCGAUGCAUCGAGUGUUUGAAUGUGUUCCGCACAGCAGGUGGUGAAGAUAUUCAGCAGAUUAUGAGCCAACAGUAUGUACAUUCAGGAGAACAAGAACAGUGACCAGCACCAUCUUUGCACAUGAAUGUCUUCUGUUGGAUCGAGCUGAUUGGUUUGUGUGUAUGUCUGUCUUGAGUCCCCUCGUUACGUCAUGCUCUUCGAACUUUCAUGCUGUGUCACAUGACUCAUGAUUCAGAUUUUGGCAACUUGAGUCAUAAAACUGACCACUGGCUGUCAGAUGUGGUCUGGUGAUGAGUCAUGUUGAGAGUCAAAAUUUGCUUAAAAAUUCAGUUUUUCUAGAAAGGACUUUUCAUUGUAACAGUGACCCAUUACAUCAGCUGACACAGCUAAAGUUAGUACAUUGAAAUGAAAGUUUUGAAAUUUUCUUACUAAAUUGAAAUCCAUUAGGUUGUGCAGGCAUGUGCAUGUGGAGAGAAAUUUGAUGAUGGGGUUCCAUAAAUUGUGGGCCAAGUGAUUGUUAGCUUCUUGAGAAAGAUUCAACUCAAUGAAGGCAGUUAGAACCUUCUUCUUCCAAAAUAAAAGGAAAUUCAAGAUGAGCAUGGCACCAUAUCACAGAAGACUAACAGUUUUCUUCUUUUUUUUUCUUCUGGUAUGGUGUUUGUUUCAUUCAGAUCAAUGGGUGAGAAGUCUGCAGUCCCUUGUUCCUUUGCAGAGACUUUCCUUUUGAUUUCUUACAAGCCCUUUUCUAUUUUCUUGAUGUUUUCCAUUACCUGGGUGAACCAUGUUUUUCCAGGUCAUCCCAUAGACCUCUUUCUUUUCAAUUUUACUCCUGAAGCUCAUCUUGUUGUCCUCAUUCACACCAUUCUUUUUACGUGGCCAGACCACUGACCAUUUCUCAGCUAACUGUAUUAACACAUUUUGAGUUCUGGCUUCUCAGAAAAAUGUCUUUUCUAAUUUUAACCCUUUUUGGUUUUUCCCUCAUUUCCAUUGUUUGGAUUUAAUUUCUGUUUCUCUCAGAAAGGGUCAGUGUUUCAAUGUUUCAUGUUUAAUAUCAGUUUAAAAUAUAAGAGUGUUGAUUUGCAUUGUCUUGGGAUCUUUUGAUCCCAUAGUUUUCGCUCUAUAAUUAAACAAAGUUUAGUACAACAGGAUGCUUCAAAAAAUAUGUACAUAGUUAUAUAAAGAGUAUUCAUUCACAUAUUCAUGUUGGGACCAAAGUUUAAUGUGCCUGUAACCAAUAGUGUUAAGACCACCAGUCUCAGAUUUAUUGCAGAUUGUUGAAAUUCCCGUUCGUAUUGGAGGCUUAGUUGGAAAUUGACAUCUCCACACGCUUUAUACACACCAAUUGCUAAGAUUUCCAGUACUGCUUCAGAAUAAGCUCUUGUUGCUUGAAGGUCAAGCGGAUAUUUGUUAUUUUACUUUACGCUAUGGAUCAUUGGUAAGGUAUUGUAAUUUUUAAGGCUAUCUCUUUAGUGCAUGCCACACUAGUUAGACGUACAUGAAGUUUUGGUUCCAGUGAAUGUAUGAAUAAUUCUUUAUAAAAAUUUAUGUACAUUUUGGAGACACUCUCUAUAUGGUUUCCUUCUGUUAUCUUUUCAUCACAUCUGCUUAGAAUUUAUUUUUCUUUCCAAAUAAUUAAAUAUGUCAGAAUUAAGAGGUCAUUUCAGAUGUGUUCAUAAGACACUUAAAGUUUUAAUUCUGUCCUCUGUUCUCUGCUGUGAAGGCAUUAUCAUAAAUGCAAAGUGAUAUGAAGUCACAAAUACAGCAGACAUUUUUAUGUUGCGUGCACAAGGUAGCAGCCUUACCAUAAGGAUGUGUUGUGAUGCUCAUAUUUCCUUCUCAUGUGGCUGCCCACUUCAUAAAGACGUCACAUCACAAGUACACUGAAUUUCUACAAAUUGCUUUCUUGUGGAACAUGAAUCCAUGUAAUGGAAAGAACAGACUUCUCUGAAAUGUGGGUACUUUAUGUAUUGAACUGUAUUUCAUCACAUCCUAAAAGACUGUAUUUACACCCUCACCAUUGCGAGAACCCAACUCUCAUAUUAGACUCCUGCCUGUUGUCUUUUGGUGAGCCUAAUAUACAUGAAAACAUCACUGAUAUUCAGCGUUGUGUGUGUAAAUGGUGUAAACCGAGUAUCACCUACAGUUUACUUAAGAUUUUAAAUUAUACAUGUAACAAAUUAGAGUUUAAGAUAAGAGAUAUUUAAACAGUGUAAUAACUGAACUUGGUAAUCAUGUACAAGUCAGAGUUUCCUGUAGCCAAGGGGACUGAUGUAACACAAAAACUGUAAGGAUUUUUGUAUGUUUGUGACACUAAUAACAAAUGUAAUCAUCACAAAUUAGGUUACAUGUACAGAUUCAGUUUCUUUAUAGUGUACAGUACACAUUUGUCACAACUCCAUCAUUUUGCAUUUCAAGUGACUAAAUUAAUUUUAUUUGUUUUGUUUCCAGAUGCAUUGAUUUUGUAUCAUUUUUCAUUUAUGGUUGAAAUCAUUGUAGCUUUUUUUAUUUGCUUAUCAUUUAUUUGAAAGUGAUUUUCAAGCUUGUUAAUGUAUAAAGAUUGUCUUCUUCAACACAAUUAAACUAUAUUUGUUGUAUUA